GGAUCUUCGAAGAUCUAUGGGAAGCCUCCAUGGUCAUAUUCGGCAUCAGCAUGCUCGAUAACCUAUAACCCCUAUAAUAUUUUGGUUCAAGACCUUCAGGUUUAACUAGAGGCAAGAAAGGGUUAAGAUAAUAUUGAUUACUCGUACCUCUUAUUUAACUUAAUUUUUAUUUUGAAUAUAGAAAUGAGAGAUAAUGUAUCUCGUUUCAGAAAAGAGAGAUUUUAUAUUUAGAAUUAUAUCUUUUUUGAGAAACGCUAUUUCUUGCCAAAAAUAUUCGAUACUUUUUAAUUGAUGAAAAGAGAUACAUUGAAAAAUAUGGAUUUGUAUCUCUUUUGAGACGUAGCCGUGUAAUUGACUAUAGGCCAACGGCGUCUCAGACUCUUGCAGCCGCAUUAGAAAAUAAUGAAGUUCAGAAAAGUAAAAUUUUUGAUUAAUAUUAUUUUAGGUGAAGAUGUUCUACAUACAAUGGGUUUUGACCAUCUCAGGCGUGAAGAUCAAACUUUGGUCAAGAUAAAAAACAGUAGGUGACACUCUGUGAUUAUAUUUCAAAAAGAUGGAUACCUCUGUCAUUGAAAUUGUGGUCUAAUUGUGAAAAUUCUAAAAUGCAAUGUAAUAUUUAAAGACACUGAUGUACUGCAUGGAUUGUCUAACAAACAAAUACAACGAUUAAUAACGUAUCCGAUACAUUAUCAAUGGGUUGAUUUAUGUAUAGUCUUGUUUGUUGGUCCAACGAACAAAACUAUACGUAAAUCAACAUACUUCGUGAAAAAGCUAAAAGUGUGCAAGCGAUCGUUAAGACUCUUUCUUUUUUUUAGUUCUACAUCAAAUAUUUCAGCAAGAUUUGAUAGAUCUCAAAUUUAUCGCUGGUUAAGAGUUCUGUAAGUCGAUUCAAUCCAGUUUAAUAUCAUUAGUUAAAAUAAAGAAAGAACACUAUUAGAAAUAAUAUUAAGGUAUGUUCGUAUAAUGCAAAAAACUUCAAAAUAUUUGUUAUUGUAUAUAAAUGAAGUUUUUUACAAAGUACAUGGCCUUGAUUCAAGAUUUAAAUUAACUGUAAAAACUGUAGAAUACGUCGGAUUCAAUGUGUGUAAAUAAUCUUCAUGUAUGAUGACACAUAGUAUCUGUAAACUAAACCCAAAUUACAUAGAAGUGCGUAGCAUUGAAUAUCACUGCACGUUUAUUAAUUGUAUUUCUCUUUUUGUUAAGAUACCUAUAUUAGUAAAUGGGGUUAAAUAUGGAUUUUUUUACAUUAAUUGGUUGUUUAACAGACAAAAUUAUAUUCGAUGUUAUAAAGGUGAAAUAGUAUUAGAAAAUUAUUAUCUCUGAACCGCAUGUUAAUUUCAAUUACUUAUAUGCCAUCGUGUGACACAAACACAUCGUUUUUAUUGCCAGUGAUUAAUAUGCCUGUUUCACAACUCAUUCUCAAUGUUUCAUACUUUUUUUUUCUUAAUAUUAUAUCUUGUGUCUUUUGUGUAAUUGAAACUAGUCCAUUUUUGAUUUUAUAUACCUUUUUUUCUCUAUAAUAUUUUUAUGUCGAGCUCGCUAGAAUUUCUAUUUUUACUAUUGUCGUCACUGUAACAAUGGGAUAUGAAAUUAACCCAUGAAGAAUGAAUAUGGCACACGGAAAUAAUGUUUUUCCUUCAGAGGAAAUCAAAAUUAGUUCGUUUAACGGUAUGCAGUGUCCUCAUCAUUGCGCGUCCCUGUUGAUUUUUCGGAUGAUAUAAAUAAUAAUGAGAAGAAAAAAAAAAAAAAAGAAAAAAGAAAUCUCUUUUGCAUGUCAACUUGAUGAGAUAACAUAAACGUACUCGAAAAACUACAUGCAAACCAAUUUUUAUUUUAUAGUUCAUUAAAUUAAUGGGAGAGUAUUACAACAACAAUAAUCAUUCAGACGCAAAUUUUUAUCUAUUGUUAUAGGUUUUUUUCUUCUUCUUCUAACUAUCAGAAAAGAAGAGGAGAAAAAAAGAGGAUAUAGUGAAUGCAUGAUUUUUUUUUAAUUGAAUAAGACAGAAUAUAAUUCCUCAAAGAAUUAGAGUAGAGUAUUGAUUGUAAUAAAAAAGAAAAAUCUCUUCAUAUAAAGACCUCAUCUAUGCGUGUCUCAUAAAUGGGACAACUACCGUCUGAUUUUAUUAUUUAUCUAUUCAUUCUAAAACAUGGACAACGUAAAAAUAAAAAAAGAAAUACACGUAGAUGAAUAUAUAAAUGAAGAUAAAAACGGAAACAAAAUACUUAAUAUAACAAAUAAGAUGGAAACUUGAUAUAUUGUAUGGUAUGUGAAUUAACCAACAUAGAACUUUAAGAGUCAUUGGUUAAUCUGUACACGUGUAUCAAUAAAAUUGCCUAUAGUAUAAAUAAAAAACACAUGUGACAUUUUCUAUUGAAAAAAUUCUAUAUUAUUUCGAUUAAUCUUAAUUAUAUAGUUAAUUUUUAAUAUUGAUUUUAAUUCAUGUGUAAUAGUCCAAAAAAUUAUAGAAAUUGAUAUAUUUAGAAGAUUUUUAUGAUCAGACUUAAUUAAUAUUAACAAUUCUCUUAUUGACUUGUUAAAAUAGAACUAAAAUGAAGUAAACAAAUAUGUGUAUAUUAUCCUCCGGAAAUAAAUGAUCAUAGAUCAAAAUGACUAUAAUGUUUGAACAUUUAUUUAUUUUUUAUUGCAAAAAAUCUAUCUUAUAAUAUUUACCUAUCAAUGUUAGUUAGUAGAUAGAAUGGAGAAGAGAGAGAGAGAGAGAGAGAGAGAGAGAAAUGAGAGAAUAAGAGAAAAAUAUAUAUUUUUUUAUAAUAGUUAAAAUCCAAACAAAAGGAAAUAGAAAAAUCAUUUAUGCUCGAGAGAAAGAAGACAAAAAGACUUUGUUUAAAGAACAACGAUCGCUUUAGGAGUACGACCUUUGAUAAUGGUUCAUUGUCUAUCUUUCUCUUCUUCUUUUCUCUCCCUCUCUCAAAUGAUAUUUAUUAUAUAGCACCUGAUGAUAUUACAAUACCCAAAUCAGUUUAGAUGUUUGUAUAAUAUACAUAAUUUUUUUGUCACAAAGAUAGAUAGAUAGAGAAAAAAAGAAGAAGAAAAAUAGAAGAAUAAAGAUACAUACAUACAUCAUCUUCAAGUCGGAAAUGCCACUUAAGCACACUUUUUUUCUUUUUUUUUUUUUUUGUCGUUCAUAUCUAUCAGAAAAAAACUAUUUUCUUUUUGAGGUAUUCCGUUCCCUCAUCCUCCUCUUUUGAUGUUUACACCUAAAUUAUUAUUAUUUCAUUGUUAUUAAAUACAAAAGAAUGGACGUUGUUCAUCGUAUAACUGAACUUGGACAUACACGUUUAUCAUGGUUUUCAUGUAGUGAUGAUGAUGGUUCAAAUAGAUUAAAUCAUCGUUCAACAGUUGUACUAUUAUUAAUAUUUUCAGCUAUAUUAACAUCAAGGCUAUUUUUAAAUGAUCUAAUUAUAUGUUGGACGCCUGGCGAGUUUACGGGAAAUUUUGUUUCAUAUACAAGACAUUAUUGUUAUGUUCAUAAUACAUAUUAUUUAACAAUAAAUGAGACAAUUCCCAUAACACCCAAUGCAGAUAUUAGACGACAACGUUCAAUUUAUUAUUAUCAAUGGUUACCUAUUUUACUUGCUAUUCAAUCAAUGUUUUUUUUAAUUCCACGUAUUAUAUGGUCAAAUUUUAGUUCAAGAUGUGGUAUUAAUAUUCAACAUAUAUUAUCUCCAACUUAUGAUUAUCGUACAAGUCGUUAUAAAGUACGUCAUAUAACAGCAAUGUUAACAAUAUUAGCUAAAGCAAAAUAUUAUGAUUUUAAUCGUACAAAUAUACAAUCUAAAACAUCAUUUAAUCAUAUUUUAAAAUCUUUUAAUAUAUUUUGUUUACCAUUAUUUUUUUUUAAUGAAAAUUUUUUUCAUGGAUACUAUUUAGCUAAUUUAUUUUUAAUCGUUAAAAUAUUAUUUUUAUUAAAUUCAAUGUUACAAUUAUUUUUUCUUAAUACUUUAUUAACAAAAAAUGCUCUUAUCUAUGGUGCAGAAGUUAUUACUAAUUUUUUAAAUGGAGAAUAUGUAGUUGGAUCAAGAAUAUUUCCAUUAACAGUUUAUUGUGAUUUUUCUAUACCAAAAGUUGGUCAACCAACAUUAUAUACUGUUCAAUGUUUAUUACCAAUGAAUGUAUUUAAUGAAAAAAUAUUUACAAUUAUUUGGUUUUGGUUAGCUUUUUUAUCAUUAAACAAUUUAAAAAGUUUAUUUUUAACUAUUUUACAUUGUUUAUUUAGACAAUUUAAUUAUGCUUAUAUUGCACGUUAUUUAGAUUUAUAUUCUAAAAAAGAACGAUUUAAACGAAAUAUGUUAGUAAAACGUUUUGUAUUUGAAUAUUUAAAUUCGGAUGGUGUUUUAAUAUUACGUUUAAUAUCUGAAAAUAUAAGCGAUUUAUUAACUAGUGAAGUUAUCAAUGAUCUAUGGAAUGAUUAUAAAAUAAUGAAUCGUUUAAAUUCAACAAAUCGUGAAAAAUAUUAUAAUCAACGAUUGAAAAAUGUCACAAUGACAAGGGGUGAUCUAAAUACCAAUAGUAAUAUAACAUCAUCAAAUGUCUACUUUAGACAAACCUAUAAAUAA